AUGCCAACUCACACUCAGGAAGACCCCUCCCAGGUCCUCCAGGUCGGUGUCCAACUCUUGCUCCUGAGGUCGCCAAUGACUGACACGUUUCCAGGGAAGCCGUUUGUCGGCAAUUUGCUGGACAUACCCAAGGUGCAUUCGUGGCUUAGGUUUAAAGAAUGGGCAGAUGAAUAUGGGCCGAUCUUCCAGCUCAACAUUGCCGGCCGCAAGCAUGUUGUUAUCUCUCAAGAGAAGAUUGCCAACGAUCUCCUAAGGGAGCGAGGAUCCCUCUACUCUUCGCGAGAGUACUUGCCGUUUGCCUCGGGGUUACUUUCGGACAACCUCAGACCACUGCUACUUCCAUAUAAUGAUCGCUGGCGGCGCGGAAGGAAAUUGAUGCAUCAGCUCACAACGACGACGGUGGUGACCAGCUACGAGCCCGUUCAGGAUUACGAGUCGAAAAGGCUCCUCGCUUCUUUUCUAAAAGCGCCCCGGGACUACGAGAAAUGGUUUGAGCGGUACGCCUGCGGGGUCGUCUAUCGCCUCGGGUUUGGCCGUUGGAUCGAGACUGGUCAAGAGACCGAUUUUAGACGGAUCGUCCAUGUGGGCAAAGAAGUUGAGCGCGUGGCUUCUCCAGGACAAUAUUUGGUCGACUCCUUCCCAUUCCUGAUGAACCUGCCUUUACCUCUCGCCCCGUUUAAACGCGAGGGUGCUCGGUUGCACGCGGAGGAGUUGAGCCUCUUUAGAAAAUUACAACAGGACGUCCGCGAUGCACUCGAAAGAGGAGACUCGGUCAAAUCGUUCACUCGGACGUUUCUGGAAAACCAAAAGACUUUUCGACUUUCCGAUGAUGAAGCAGCUUAUGUGAUCGGAACCCUCUUUGAAGCGGGCACGGGCACCACCGCUGCCGCCAUGAUGUCCUUCUGCCUCGCCAUGUGUCACCAUCCUGAAUGGCAAACAAAGAUGCAAGCCGAGCUAGACCGCCAGGUUGGCGACCGGAUGCCCGAGUUUAAGGAUCUUCCAAACCUUCCAACCGUCCGUGCCGUGAUCAAGGAAGUCCUGAGAUGGAGGCCGGUGACAGCGGGCAACGUCCCGCACCAGCUUACCCAGGACGAUACGUACCAAGGCCACUUUUUCCCGAAAGGGACCGUUUUCCAUGCAAACCAGUGGGCAAUCCAUCGGGAUCCCGAGCUUUAUCCCGACCCCGAGAAUUUCCGCCCCGAGCGGUGGCUCGACCCCAGCUUCCCGACCUACCGCGAACCAUUGACCCAAUUCCCAAAUAUGCAGAAUUACUCAUGUUUUGGAUUUGGGCGUCGGAUUUGUCCUGGCCAGAGCAUCGCAGAGCGAUCGUUGAACAUCCUAACUGCGCGCAUUGCCUGGGCGGCGACUCUGAGCCGCAAGAAAGAUGCAGAUGGGAAUCUCAUGCUGCUUCCCCUCUAUGACUACUGCCCCGGAUUCAACGUCCAGCCUAAUUUCUUUGGAUUCGAUGUUAUUGCACGCUCCCCCAAACGAGCCGAGCAGAUCGCUGCCGCAUACGAGGAGGCACGGCUCAUGAGAGAUCAAAUAUUAACCUAG